AACAAGCGCAUUCCAACAUCCUCACAAAUGCCAACGUACUGUACCACCAUGAAAGGAGGGAAUGUAAAAAGCUAUUGAGAGAAUAAUUGCGCUAGCCUUCAAUUGUUUACCCAAAUACAACACAGUUCUAUUUUUGUGGUAAAGUCGGUCUGUAGUACUGAUGAGUAUACUAGGAUGUGCUAACAAAGUUAGCUAGCUAUCCAGCUAGCAAACAAUCUUGACUGCAACACUCAAGGCUCCAGAAUCAAUUUCCCGUACAGAGCAAAUUAAUAUAAUAUUACAAUCAGAAGUUUAAAAUAGUAAUGUAUCUACUCUUCACGUAGCUCUUACUGUAGAAGGCAAGUUCAAUAAAUCAACCUCCGACUGAUUGACUGGACCGAAGCCUGGAAUGGACUUCACAGAAUGUUAUCAGGACACUUGUUCCGCCGUGGGUCUUGCUGCUAGAGCCGGGGAUGCUAGACGGGUUCAGCGGUUGCUGAAGAGGGGCUACAGCGCUGACGUAAAAGAUAAUAGAGGAUGGAAUCCGCUGCACGAAGCUGCUGCCUCUGGAUCAACGGAAUGCGUGCGUCUUCUCACUACAUCCACAGAUUCCAUGGAUUCCUGUGACUACGUCAACUCGUUGACACACAACUCGGAAACGCCCCUUUAUUUUGCUGCCAAAAAUGGUCACGUUCGCUCAGUCAAGCUGCUCCUUAAAGUCGCCGCUGACGUCAACCUGAAAACCCAUGACCUGUCCUGUCCCCUCUUUGCAGCAGUGGACGGGGGUCACCAGGAGACGGUGAAAGUACUGAUCCGACACGGAGCUGAGGUGAACGGCCAGCGCUCGGUGUCCGGCUGGUCCUGCCUCCACCAGGCUGUAUACAGGGGCCAUGCCGAUAUUGUGCGGAUGCUGGCCGGGGUGUCGAGCCUGGAGGCGGUGGAUGACUACAGUAUCACCCCUCUGUUCCUGGCCGCUCAGUAUGGACACAGCCAGUGUGUGGAGAUGCUCGCCGGGGCAGGUGCCAAUGUGAACUGCCAGGCCACAGACCUGGCCACGCCGCUGCUCAUCGCGGCUCAGGAGGGCCACCUGGCCUGUGUGGAGGCGCUCCUGGCCCACGGUGCCAACCCCAACCUCUACUGCAACCGCGACCAGUGGCAGCUGCCCAUCCACGCCGCUGCACAGUUCUCACAUGUCAGGGUCCUGGAGCGCCUCCUGGAGGUGACAGAGAGGGAGUGCGAGUGCAGCAAGGGGAAGGUGAGCCCAUUGUACCAGGCGGUGCUGAGUGAGAGACCAGCCAGCCUGGCCCCCCUCCUCCGCGCAGGCUACAACCCAGACGCACAGCCCUGCUUCGGAUACACAUGUCCCCUGGAGCUGGCCAUGGAGAGUUCAUAUACUCAAAGUGAUGAAGGAGUGGAGAUAGUGCGGCUGUUCCUAGGCGCCGGGGCGAGCAUCAGCGACCAGGCGCACUCGCUGGCCCUGAGGAGCUUUCAGCUGCUGCAGCUGGUGCUCUCCUGCCGCGGCCUCCCCCCCUCGGGCCCGGAGCGCGCGGCUCUCGCUGGGCUGGCCCUGGCCGAAGUGGACAGCGCCUCCUGCUGGCUCCCCCUGCUGCUCCGAGCGGGAAUGGAGCCGGCCCUCCUCCUGCACCCCGGCCUCUUUGAGGAAGCUGGGGAAGAAGUGCUUUCUUUCUUUCUGGAGUUCGUCAACUGGAGGGAUCUGCCUCAGGAGAUACAGAAUAUCCUGUCUCGUCGCCAGGCUGUUUCCUCUGUGACCACAAUGAAACCUCUGGAGGGGAUCCCUCCGUUGGCACACCUGUGCCGGCUGCAGCUGCGGGCGUGCGUGGGUAGCCAGCGCUUGGCCGAGCGCUCCUACGUCCAGCGGCUUCCCCUACCCUCUCUCCUCCACGACUAUGUGCAGUUCAGCGACGUCUUCAGAAAACACUGCAACUCGAUCGGCAUCCUGUCAGUGUCCUAGCGAGGGAACAACACACACACACACACACACACACACAAUUGUAAAUAUGUUAAAUAAAGUUCUUUUUUGAAA